AGAAAGCCCGCUUUGGAUACGAGCAUGGUGAAGCUGAAAGAUUCAGUAUUAGCGUUAGUAUGUAAAUCGACGGAAUUUUGGCGAGUAAAGGUUGUGCCAGCCAUCCAGCAAAAGCUUAAUCUCCAUUUCGAACAGCAAAUGGGUAUUGAUGAAUCUUAUAACAAUAAUAAUUCCACUGUUGUACGU